AUGUCCAUAAUACAUCGUCGUUUUGAUUGUUCUCAAUCUGUUGCGGGUAUCAAACAUCUCUAUCUUGAACUUACAAAUAAAGAACAAUCAAAACGACGAUGUAUUAUGGACAUAAUGUCACAUUCAUUAUUGCAUUUUAUCAAAAAUCCUAGUUCAGAACGUUUAUUUGAUGUGCAGAUAAAAUCAAAAAAUCUUACUUUUGACGAUUUGAGUGAAUUACGUGAUCGAGCUCGAUUAAUUGGAUAUUCAAAUACACACAAUAAAAAUCAAGAUCAUUAUUUAGAAAUUCAAAAAUUAGAAUCCUUUGUCGAAUUAGUUGGUGUUAUCGAAGGUAUAUUAAAAAAUCUUUCGUCUCUCUACACAGCGGGUUUUCCAACAGUCACAGACAUAAUUUAUAAUCAAGAUGUUACAUGUAAUGAAGGUAAUUAUGAUAAUCUUCGUCAAUUAUACAAAACUCUUGAAGAAAAGCUUGAACUAUGGGAACAACAAUUAUGUGUAAUGUAUCAAAUCUAUCCCGAAUUAACUUAUUUCUCAUAUGAACAAUUUCAAAUGGUGGAAAGUUUCAUUUACAAUGUCAAAAUAGAAGAAAAACAUCCUGGAUAUCAUCUACUUAAGUAUAUUGGAUUUGAGCCUGAUUUACUUCAACAAAUAAAUUUGCCACCAAAAUCUAAAGAUGAAAAUGAACGUUUAGAAAACUUGGGUAAAAUUUUGAAAACACAACGAUCUAUAUCUGAUGAUCUUGAAGAAAUACUAGAAGAUUCUUUUAUUCCUACUGUAAGUAUUUUUGCUUUAUCAUAUAGUUCAAUGAGAUCAAUACAUUUAUUAAGUUUAGAAACAUAA